CACAUCAGAUCCAACUCGACCCGAAUCGGCCGACAGUAAGUAGUACUCAGUAUUCCGUAGUUUCACCAGUGACCAGGCAGAGAUCAUCGGAGCAAUCUCUGUUCUUCCAAUCCAGAAAGGUGUAAAGAUUUAGUUGUUCACAAGUAAGAUAUGGAUUCAUCAACUGCGUUAUACAAUCAGCUUAAGGGAGCACAACCAUUCUUUGUGUUAGCUGGUCCCAAUGUGAUUGAAUCUGAAGAACAUAUUUUACAUAUGGCCAAACAAAUCAAGGCUAUCACUUCAAAACUUGGAUUGCCAUUAGUUUUUAAGUCAAGCUUUGACAAAGCUAACAGAACCUCAUCAAAAUCUUUUCGUGGGCCUGGAUUAGCUGAGGGAUUAAAGAUCCUUGAAAAGGUCAAAGUCACAUAUGACUUGCCCAUAGUGACUGAUGUACAUGAAUCUAGCCAGUGUGAAGCCGUUGCCAGGGUUGCAGAUAUAAUUCAAAUUCCAGCAUUUUUAUGUCGACAGACUGAUCUCCUAGUUGCAGCUGCCAAGACUGGCAAAAUUGUAAAUAUAAAGAAAGGCCAGUUUUGUGCUUCCUCUGUGAUGACCAACUCAGCAGAAAAAGUCAGAUUGGCUGGAAAUCAAAACGUUAUGGUUUGUGAGAGAGGAACCAUGUUUGGUUACAAUGAUUUAAUCGUUGAUCCACGCAACUUUGAAUGGCUGCGAGAAGCUAAUUGUCCUGUGGUAGCGGAUGUGACACAUGCGUUGCAACAACCUGCUGGGAAAAAGCUGGAAGGUGGUGGUGUUGCUAGUGGAGGUCUCCGGGAACUAAUACCUUGUGUUGCAAGGACAGCUGUCGCUGUGGGAGUGGAUGGGCUUUUUAUGGAGGUGCAUGAUGACCCACUUAAUGCUCCGGUUGAUGGUCCAACACAAUGGCCUCUGCGACAUUUAGAGGAGCUUCUAGAAGAGCUUGUUGCAAUUGCUAGGGUUACCAAAGGGAAGCACAAGUACGAUAUUGACCUUACUCCAUAUCGUGAGUAAGAAGUUGUGGAGGCUGUGUAAUUGAUAAUAAACACACUCAUGCUCGAAGAUUUAUGAUUUAUGAUAAUGCUGUUAUUUAUUUCUGCUGUAUUUGUGCGUGUGCCAAGGGUUGUGUAAAAUUUGAGCCUCUGUAUUGUAAACAUGAUCUUUCCUUACAUUAUUUUAGUUACAAAAGUGAAAGCAACGCACAAAAAUGAAAGUACUCAUUUGCUUAACACAAAUGAGUAUUCUCCACCGCAUAACUUGUAUUAGAUCACACUUUUGAGUGUAUUGACACCCGCAUACAUUCCAGUUACACAAAAAGUAUUAACAUGUA